AUGAAACAAUCAAUUAUUCAACAUAUUCAAUCUUGUUUACCUUGUCAACAACAUAAUAUUAGUCAUACAAAGAAAGCAGGUCGACUUAAUCCAAUUCCAACUCCAGAGGGACCCUUUCAAUUAAUAAGUAUUGAUUAUUGUGGUCCGUUCAAACCAACACCUCGUGGUAAUCAAUAUGUAUUAUGUAUUACUGAUUAUUUUACAAGAUGGAUGACUGUAAUAGCUUUACCUGAUUGUUCAGCACAAACCACAGCUCAAACAUUAUUUAAUGAUUAUAUUUGUCAAUAUGGUGUACCAUUAGCUAUAUUAUCUGAUCAAGGUACUCAUUUUAAAAAUCAACUUAUGGAAUCUAUAGCAAAAUUAAUUGGUUACAAUCAUAUCUUUUCAAAUCUAGAAGGUAACAAUUGGGAUGAAUUCUUAUCACCAGUGAUAUUUACUUACAACAUCGGCAUCCAUGCAACGACUAAUUAUUCAUCAUUUCAACUACAGUUUGGUCGAGAAUCACGUUUACCUACUGAUGAACCUUCAUCAUCGUUUACUUUCAAUAAACCAAAUGAUUAA